AUGACAAACGAUACAGUAACUUCGAGCACCCGGCCAAUACUCUAUUCAUUUGACCCUACUGAUCAAUUCAACGGACCCCCAACCGGCAAUUUCACGUUUUUGGCCGUGCAGAAUGCUCCUGGCAGGCGUGAUAACAGCAACAUAUUCGACCCCCGUUUAUUAGGGGUGCCCUGGCCAACGUCCUUUCCUGUGUCGGUGCAAAGUAGGCAUUGGAAAGAAGCAGAGAGAGCAGCCAAACAGCUGGCAGCAAAUAUCCUUUCUGUCCUACCCCAAGACCAUGAACUGACCCAAUUGGAAGGGCACUCUUCGUUGACCCAAAUGAGCAAGUACGAUGAACUCAUUGAAACGGGAGUUACAGCCUCGAUCAAUAUGUUCCCGGCUUCAAAUCCCCGUCGCGCAGAGCUAAUGGCAAAGGCAAAUUUGCUAAUCUUUAUACAUGACGAUCGAGUUGAGGUUGGCCAAAUAGAGGUGAAAUUAGUUUCUAAUAUCACACGUGGUUCUUCCAUCUUUGAAGAGGACCUUGCCGAGGUUCAGUUCAGUGACAAAGCCCUUGAAGAAGCGCAGAUGUGGCAAAAUAACCCUUUUCAUCAGUUUGCUCUUGAGGUCGUGGAUGAGGACCCUGCCAAUGCAAAGGAGUUUCUAGGAGGGAUGCUUAGAUGGGCCCGACAUACACGCAGGAACCCGCCCAAGCAGCAAACAGAGUUCGCAUCAUUUGCCGACUACAUCAGGUAUCGCAUUGAGGACUUUGCAGUAGAAUGGGUUAUAGCAUCACUGAAAAUCUCAUGUGAAGUCACAUUGUCCACUUCAGAAAUGGAAGCGUUAGCCCCGGCUCGCCAACUGUAUAUGACACACAUUUCACUGACAAACGACCUAUAUUCCUAUUCGAAGGAAGUGCUGCAGAUGAAGGAUGGCGGUGCGCUAGUCAAUGGGGUACACGUCUUGCAGUCCCUCUUAGGGGUGUGCCCAAAUACCGCAAAAGUGAUCCUACGAAACAUUCUGUGGAGUAUCGAAAAUCAGCUGGAUCAGAUGUAUGACGACUUUGAACAGUCCGGCAAGUUCAGUAAAGAUCAGCUCCGACUCUUUCGAGGAAUGGUUGAAAGUCUGGCAGGGAAUACGUUCUAUUCAGCCACUACCUAUCGCUACGCGUGUGUGGUUCCUGGAUCUGCUCUUGAAUGA